ACUACAAUGUUCCUACAGAUGUCUUAUUAUGGAACAAUUAGCAUCGGAACCCCACAACAAAGCUUCACAGUCAUCUUUGACACUGGUUCAUCAAACCUUUGGGUCCCAUCAGUUUACUGUUCCAGCCAAUCAUGCACAAACCACAAGAAAUUUUCACCAAGCAAGUCCUCAACGUUUCAGGCAACAAACCAACCAGUGUCUAUUCAGUAUGGUUCAGGCAGCAUGACUGGGGUCCUGGGCUAUGACACAGUCACUGUAUCAAACAUUGCUGUCAAAGAGCAGGAAUUUGGGUUAAGUGAGACUGAACCUGGGAGCACUUUCUACUAUGCUCCAUUUGAUGGGAUCCUGGGGCUGGCCUAUCCAAACAUUGCUUCGUCCAGUGCCACACCUGUGUUUGAUAACAUGAUGGCUGAGAACCUGGUCCAACAGGACCUGUUUGCUUUCUACCUCACUAGACAGGAUGUUCAGUCCGGAAGUGAAGUUGUUUUUGGUGGAGUUGAUCCAAACCACUACACAGGUCAAAUUAACUGGGUGCCCGUCACUCAAGAAGGUUACUGGCAAAUCCAACUGGACAGGGUGACAAUCAAUGGUCAGGUUGUGGCCUGCAGUGGAGGCUGCCAGGCCAUUGUUGAUACUGGCACUUCCCUGCUUACUGGUCCCAAUACAGCCAUCAGCACUAUCCAACAAUAUAUCGGUGCUACCCAAGGGUACUACGGCCAG